AUGCGUAGUAAUAAAUCAAAGAAUAAACAACAACAUCCAUCUAAUACGGCUUCACAUUCAUCAGUAAAAGUUGAUGGUACAAGUGCUGUUCGUUCGGCUUCACAUAUAAGUGGUUUGUAUUUGUUAAUUAACUACACUGAAUCAACUUAUUCGAUAAUAAUUAUAGGUAAAAAAACAAAUGUAAAAAGUGGAUCAAAGACUGAAUUAGGAGACUCGCCGUUCACUGCUGCUGCAUCAUCUGAUAUACACACAAAAUCAGAAACUAAAUCAAAAUCAGCGACACAUAGCCAAAGCCAACCAGUUGGUGGUGCUUCAAGCAUUCGUUCUACUGCUGUAUCAAAAUCACACAAGAAAACGAAUGGAACUCAAAAGACAAAAUCAGGCACUAAGAAAAAGACAAUAGUUUCAUCAGUUCGUUCAGCAUCCAAGUCCUCACCGAUGAGUGUCAAGACUGGUAGUAAAACCAAAUCAAGUACAAAAUCAGCAAAAGCAACAGGAAAACAUCAAACACAACAAUCAAAACAUACACGUAUACCAAUAAAAGAUCGUACUGAAACAUGUGCUGUACAAUUUGUACCAAAAUUUAAUUCAAGUUCAACAAAAAAUCAAGUACCAAUCUAUCAUCUUAUUCGUCAUGCAUUUGGUAAUAUGGUACGUGAAGCUAUAUGUCAAUUAGAUAAAGAAAAAUCAGGUGUUAGUUCUCAACAAAUUAUUGAUCAUAUACUUAAACAUUAUUCAUUUCCACAAAAUAUAUCUCAAAGUGCUAUACGUAAUCGUACAAUAUUUACAAUUAAUGCUGGUUUACGUGCUGGUACACUUCUUACAGUUAGUCCAAAUAAAGGUGUUCGAAUUGGUCGUAUGCGUCGUAUCUAUCCACGUAUGCUUGGCUAA